CCAACGUCUAGGUGUCGCUCCCAGUCGAAGCUAAGCUAGAACUAUUGUUUCGCCAACUGGGGCUCUUGAAUGGUCUUCGUUCUUCAUUGUUUCAAGUUUAUCGUGCAUAGACUCGAUUGAGGAUGGCCAAAAAGUCAAACCAAAAGCCUGCCUCGAAGACCUCUUCCGCGGCGGCUCUCGCAGUCGCGGACUCUACAAACACAGGAAAUAAGUCAUCGAUACUGAGGGCGGCCUUCGCCCCUUCUGGCUUUCAAUUGGCCUUGUUCGCAUCCGUGAUCCAGGGUCUUGAAGGUCAAAAUCUUCGCAUUCACGAUACAAACACCGGCCGGUUACAAUGCGAGCAUGUUUUGGGCCCGAAGGAACUAGUAACGUCGUUGGACUGGGGUCAUUACUAUGGCCGACGAGAUCAGUCAAAGAGGAAGAGAAAGCGCCCUUCCGACGUUAAUGGGACAGCCGAACUCGACCAAGGCGAUGUAGUGGUUGCCUUCGGUACCAACGCGUCUGAUAUCCGCAUGUUCUCGCCUGCCGAAGAUAAGAUUGUCGGAACUCUUGCCGGUGGGCAUACAGGAGGAGUAAAGGACUUCAAGUUUACAGCAGAUAGGCCUCAGGAAGGUUGGAGUAUCGGUGGGGACAACAAGCUGGUACAGUGGGAUCUUGUCACCGGCCAAAGGACAAGAGUGAUCAGCCUUUCUACUACCUCUGCAUUCACUACUCUGUCCCGCCCGCUCGCCUCUAACCCGCCUGUCAUCUGUGCAUCUCAAACACCCCACAUUGUGAAUCUCGAAGAUGAAUCUCCUAUCAAGUUUCCUGCGAUGCGAAACUCAAUAAAGACAAUCAUCACAUCCUCGACAAGCUCCAUCUCUGAUGGGCUGUUCCUAGCAUCGGAUAAUGAUCGGUAUAUAAACGUCUUCGACCCGAAAAGCGGACAGCUUACGAUGAACCUUGUGGCUGAAAAAGAAGUAACUUCACUAUCGAUAUAUAAGACGCAGGGUACGGAAGCCAAACUAGCGCUGGAGAAACAAGUUCUUGCGGCUGUUACUCAAGAUGGUACUAUUGAACUCUUUGCGCGGCCAUUCGUCCGACCUCAGGGCCUUGAAGGAUCAAAAGGUUCCAGUCUGAAGGCGCGAUCUAUGCAAAUGACGAGGCGAGCGGAGGCCUCGCUCAGAAUAAUUAAGGCCUCUGAGUCGGACGAUUUAGUUCCUGUCGUUGCCGUGUCGUUCCAGGGUCCUGACCUGCUCGUUGCAUGGGCACAGGGAGGUAUCAUUCCAUUAUUCGAGCGAGUAAGGUGGCUUAACGAGGAAACCGACGAGCUGGCUUUUACGGGCGUGAAGACUAUUUCGAAGACCAAAUCUAGCUCCAUCCUUCAAUCAGCGACGACUAACGGAAUGAAGAAUGCAAACGAAAGCCACGUCAAUGAGAAGAAGAUAGUCGUCGAGCAAGGUGAUCUUGCUGAUGACGACGUCAACAUGGAGGACUCCAAACAAGAUGCGGUUUCUGAAGAUGAGAGCGAAGUGGACUCCGAAAACGAUGACGGAUUCAAGCAACAGAGGGAACCAGCUGCGCAGGACGAGGAAAAGGCCGGGAGCGACGUGGAAAUGCAGAACGCUGCAGAAUCAGGUGCGGAAAAUGAGGACGAAGAUGACGAAGAAGAGACGGGUGCUGAGCCAUCUUUCGGAGAACUCAUGAGAGCACACGCUGCCGAAGAAAUCGACGUCGAAGCCGAACUAGAAGACGAUGUGCACACGCGGUCCCUCAUCCCCGGAAAGCCUAUCACAACAGUCCAGCAAAUCCCCUCCGGAGUCUCCCUCUCUACCGUCCUCUCACAGUCCCUCAAGACAAAUGACAACGACAUGUUGGAAGCCUGCUUUCACACGGGCGACUCCGGCACCAUCCGCACCACCAUCCAACGUCUCGAUUCUCCCCUGGCUGCAACCCUUUUGCAAAGACUUGCCGAGCGCCUCUCCGCCCGCCCUGGUCGAUAUGGCCACUUGCUUGUCUGGGUACAAUGGACUUGUAUCGCGCACGGAGGAGCCUUGGCAGGAAACAAGGAUCUCCUCAAGCAGAUGUCCACUCUAUUCAAAGUAAUGGACCAGCGCUCCUCAACCCUCUCCUCUCUUCUCUUGCUCAAGGGCAAACUAGACAUGUUAGACGCCCAGCUUGGCCUCCGCCAGUCGCUCCGCGAAAACGCAGACCACAUGGACAGCGAAGACGAGGAGAAUGUAAUCUACGUUGAAGGCUAUGAUGAGGACGAGGUUGAAGAUAGCGACGCUGAGGCAACAAAGAACAUUGACACGCCCCGGACAAAGGCAAUUCGCGACCAGACCGAUAUCUCCAUGAUCGACGAAGACGAAGAUGCAGGAAGCGAGGACGACGAAGAAGACGAGGAAGAAGAAGACGAAGAAGGCCCUAGCGCCAUUUUCGACGUCGAAGCUGAAGAGUCCGCCGGCUCUUCAGAUGCCGAGGAAUCCCCUAAUGACGACGAGGACGAUGAUGAAGAUGAGGAUGCGGACAGCGCCGGGUCCAUUGCGGAUUUCAUCGCGGAUACGGAGGACGACGACUCAGAGGUAGAUAAUCUCUCGCGGCCUCCACCGUCAAAGAAGGCCAGGUUAAGCCAAGGAGGUAGAAAAGGGAAGAAACAGGCUGGGUCAGGAAGGAAAUAGACUACUUUCAAUCCCUAGAUUUAUACCCUGUUCUAUUUUUCUCUUGCGGAGAGCACUUUGGAUCGUUGUUGGCUUCCUCCGCCGUUCCUGUUUUUCAUUAUCCGAUGUGCGCACAAAAAAGUAUAGGGAGAAGGCAUCUACAUUUUUUUUUCUAUUUUCUCUCUGUCUCCAUCCAGUUGUUCUAUAUUCAAAUUCUCUAAAUCUGGAACGGGUGGGAAAGAUCCUGAU